UGCCAGCAGCUUGAACCGCUAGCUUCCACCACGAUCAACCCAGCUCACCCUGUUCGCUUCCACCAUUCACCGUACCAACCCGGCCACCAUCACCGAUCCACCCUGUCCCCCGGACGGUUCCCGCUGCGCUUCGGCACCGUGUCGCAGCACGACGAGACAGUUACUCCGGACCAUACGCGCUUACCGCCGCCAUCGCCGCCACCCCCGCAGAAACCGACCGAAAAUGUGAUAGUGCCACAAGCGGCGAGCUUCAGCCAGCAGAUCGCAAACUACUUCCUCCGUAUCCGCCGUCGAACGACGCAAGUUGUUCACCAUCAAGAUAGCCAUCCCAGCCAUUCCCUGUCCCCAGAAGGAUCCAACACCGCCAAUUCCAACGCCACGAUGGCCGCUACGGAUGGCCAGAUCAUACUGGCUGCAUCCCGCUUCGGCGAUACGCAACCAGUCUAUCUGAAAGAUUUCGCCAAAACCGAUCUACCCGCCGUCGGGAAGAUCGUCAAAGGCCAGUACUACAAUCUGGGCGUGCCAACCCUCUCAAACCCUUCGCUGCAGAGUACAGCCCUGUUUUUAAAUGCCGGCAAAAAGUACCAAAUCCUAGCCCAACCCAUCAAGAUCAAGGAGGGUCGCAAGAGUACCAACGUCGGUCCGAAGGUCCUUAUUCCCGAAACUUACCCCGGGUUCUUUGAACUCCUCAGCGAAGAUGGUCGAUCGACGCGUUGCAUAGAGAGUGUCCUGGAGCUGUCGAAACGACGGAACUUCCGGGUGCUGGUCCGUGAGACGGUCCGCUGCAAUCACAACAGUAAAUCGCUGCAUGCCGGCGAAAUUCUCACCACGAUCUCAGACAACGGCAAGUAUCUGCAGUGCAAGACGUCCAAGGACGAAAUCGUCAAUUUGCCAUUAGAAGCCAAAGCCAAAUUCUCACCUAUUGCUAAAGAGGAUAGUAUUAGCGGUGUACAUACAGUCAACAAUCUGUUGCAGAAACGAAUGCCAGUAACUGUUAGAUUAGUCCACGGUACGGCACCCAAAGGACUGAAGCAACCAUUCGUACCGGAACUGCGCCUGUUGGGUUGCGUUGAAGUGGAUCGGAUAUUUGCGUUGCCCCUCCAGAAAGACAUGGAUUUGAUCUCGGUCCCUCUAAACGCCAAGAUAAAGAUCCAAAGAGCGAAAAACAUGGACCAACUGGAUCACUUUAUCGAGUAUUCUCGUUUCCUGGACAAGGCGCAACGUCUACUGGUAGACGCCCGUGAUCGGCUACAGAUCAUCGACCUCAAGCUAGGCGAGAAAGACAAGAAAGAAACGGCCAAGCAAACCAGCAACCGCAAGGUGGCUUCGACCCUAUCCGGCCUGACGGCCAACGGGUACUUAUUGAAGAAAAGCAACAGCUGUGAUUCGAAUCGGUAUUCACCGCCCCUAGGUAGUAGUAGUCAGAAUGGAUCCGUCGCCGACGAGUACGACGAAAUUGAUCAGAUCUACGACUACGUUCGUGGCCUAGCACCGUUACCGAAAAACCUCAACAAGUUCGAAGCGAUCGUGGAACCGACCUCGACGAACAACAGCUACAUCCCCGUCGCCACUCACCAACAUAACCUCAAAACAGUCGAAAACAUCAAAUCCACCAGCAAUAGCAUCAACAACAACUACAGUCACUACGAUACCGGCAACUACUCCAACAUCAUCAAGCACACCAACGGCAGCAGUAUCAUGAACGGCAACAGUCUGGAAUCGACUAAGCACAGCGCCACAAUGGCCAACGCAAUCAACAACAACCAUAUCAUCAUACACCGGGAGGAACACAAACCGAUUCCACCGCCAAUAGAAACCAUCCCCGGGAAGAAGUUGCCGGAGAAGCGUCAACGGCCGACGUUGCCAAAAUUAUACUUCAAAAACAAUCUCGGGGUGCACCACCAGAAGAGUCCCACGUCGGUGGCCGUCAGUCCGAUGGGUGGAGGCCCACCGACGCCAGGACAUCCACCGUUGAACGGAUUGGGAACACCGAAGGAGAUUGCGAUCGAGCCGCAGAGCCCACUGUUCCAUAUAAGAUACAAAAGCCUCAGCUCGCUGCAGCUGGCGCAGGACUCCCAUCCGCCGACACCGAUCUCACCCUCGCCCAAGGGCAGCAGCAACACUCAGGACAAGAACCACAUGCUCUCCAAGUCGGCCAGUACCGGGCGCGAAGGAACCCUGGAUUCGUCCCGCAGCGGUGGCCGAACGUCCGGCGAUUCCAAACUGCCGGAGAAGAAAACCCGGCGCCUGAGUCGACCGCGCAGUCUUUCGAAUUUGGUGUGGGACCUCCGUCCGCACAAGUCAGACAAAUCGAAGAAGAAGCUCUACCUGCACCAGUUCGAUCGGCAACAGGGGACGCUCUACUUGUAAGACGCACAGGGUGUGUAAUGUUAUCGUAAAAUGUUAUAAAGAUUUCGAAAAAAAAAUAGUCAACUGCAGGAGAAGUUCAUGCAACUUCAGAUAACAACACAAAAUGAAACGAGGUGCUGCACCCCCAAAGCUCCUCUUCACGUGACGGCGGUAUUUGGAAUUUCAAUUUGAGAGCAAAAACAUAACAACAACAAACAAACAAACAAACAAAAAACAGUUAACUAAUCACUAGAUGUCUUUAGCGAUAUAAAACAAAACAACAACAAAGAAGAAAAUGUUGAUAGGAAAGUCAUACAAACAAAACAACAACAUGUUAAAUAAAUAAAUACAAAACUUAAAUACUGUUACUAAUGUGUUCGAUGUUUGAAAUUAGUCUCUCUGGCGUCACGCUACCACGCUGUAUUUAGAUUAACGUUAAACGACACUGCGACAAAACAAAGAAAAAAAGGCUAGUAAAUGUUCUUGUUUACUUGUUGUAUACAUAGUACAGUACAUACAGACAAACACACAUACAUCACCAUCACUGUCCAGUCAGUAAACGAAGGAGAUUAAUUACAAACAAUGCUAUCGAAUUACCAGAAGAGGGCAAGCAGCAGGAAAGGCAUUAUGCACGAAGGUGUGGCGCAAGCGUUAAAUUCAGUUUCCAGAUCGCAUGGAAGCAAAGGAGAACAAGAAACGGAUAUAUCUGCUGAACAACAGAAUAAUAGUUUUACUUUCGCCAUUCGUCGAUAAGGCUGUGGUAAUUAUUACUUUAAAAGACGUACUGCUUAAUAAUCUAUUCCAGAGGACGAUUUGAACGACAGAAACGAAAACAAGUUAAACACGUGCUGAUUCGAUCGAAUCGAUUCGUACAAUUAGAUAAGUUUAUUGAAGAAAAGGACACCCUUUAAUUAUCUUUUAUCGAAUACUUCUCUCAAAAAGAAAACGAUUGUGUUUAAUCAAUUGAAAGGUUUAAGUUCUUUUGCUUUUCCGAACAGAAAUCGCAGAAAUGGUAGUCCCUCUCGCAAUUUGCCCCAAAUCACCCCCACCCCCCCCCCCCCCCUUCCACUCGAAUCAACAACAUGACUAAAUAAAUACUAAGAAUGCUCAAAUUUAUUUAGUUUAUGGUUGCUGCACAGCCCAAUCCCUUUAAAACAUCCUAAAACUUAUUUUCAUACAGUCACAAACUCACUAGCUGAAUUCCAUUUCGAAGCAAACAGCGAAAAGCAAAUGAAAUUUUCACUUUUCAAAAGUCAUCACUAUUAUUUUUUAUUUAGUCCCUGAAAAGUCUAACUAUUCCAGUUAAUUAUUAAACAAAAGAAGACAACUAGCAAUUUAACAAAUCUAAUUUGUAAGAUUUUACAACAAUGCGGAAAACGAAUGUAUGCUGGUGUGUUAUAUUAUUUUUUUUUUACGAGAACAGUGAACAAUCAGUCAGGAUUCUAUUUUUCUUUUAGUUUUCGUCUCGUUAUUAUCACUGUCAAAUCAACUGUAUACGUUUGAGAAGAUUUUGCUCGCCGCAAAAUCGGACGAAGAUUGUUUGAGUACGGAAUUCAAAAUUCUCUAAGAUGUAAAUUCUAGAUUCUAGCCUGUUCGUUUGAAUCCAGGCAAGGCAUUAUUGAUAGCCGCGCUGUUUUUUCCUCCAAUUUCCUCUUUGAGACAAACAAAAAAAAAAGAAACUAAACGCAAACACACUAUAGGUGAGAAAAAAAAAGUUCUAGCUCUUAACAAUUCUUCAUUAAACAAAAGAAAUGGAAGCUUAUUGGAAAAUAUUUUAUUGGAAGAGAUGAGAAAUAAAUAUGAAAAAAUGAUUAAAA